AAAAAGUUCUUAUGGUCCCAAAUGGUACAGAAUAUGAAGAAAUCAAUUAUCAGGACUAUGAUCUUAUUAUCAAUAAAUACGCAAACUAUUGGAGUAAACAAUUGGAGAAUGAAAAUUUGAAGAAAGACAGCAUAAUUGGCUACUUCUCGCAAAGUGGCCCUGAAUACUUGUAUAACUUCAUGGCUUUAUGGAAACUAGGCUUUACAGUUUUAUUCCUUAGUCCUCGAAAUUCCGAACCUGCUUUAAUUCAUUUACUUCAAGAAGCUAAAUCACGUAUUCUCAUCUAUGAUUCUCAACUUUCAAAAAUCUCCAAAAAUGUUCAAAGUGAAUUAUGUUCUCAACAUUCACAAACGCUUGAAAUUUUUCCAAUUCCUAACAAUUUAAAGAAUGAAAACAUCGAUAAUUCAGCUCCUGUUAUAAAACUAGAUGAUGAUCCUUAUGAAAAAGUUAUCGCCAUUUUUCAUAGUUCCGGUUCAACCUCAUUCCCUAAAUUAGUUCCUCUCACCAAUCGUUAUUUCUUGGUUGUGGAGCAAAGAGAUAAAGCUGAUGAUAUUGUUUUAACAACCACUCCAUUAUUUCAUAUUUUUGGAAUGAUUGUUUCAAUAGCCACUAUUUUCUAUCCUGGUCCUGUUUAUGUAUUUCCAAUCGUCUCAGGAUCGGUUCCUUUAACAAACGAAGUUUUAUAUAGUUUAAAUCAAUCUAAAGCUAAUGUUUUUUAUACUUUACCCGCUAUUAUUGAACAAAUUUAUAAAAAUCGUCCUGAAGAAAUUAAAAAAAUUUUAUUAAAAUUAAGCUCUAUCAAAUAUGCUGGUGCUGCAUUAUCACCUCAAAUAGGCGAGAAGCUUGUUCAAUCUGGCGUUAAUGUCCAAUCCAUUUAUGGUUUAACUGAAACAGGUGUUGUUAUGAAAACUUCUAAAAAUUCUUCGCCUGAUAUCCCAUGGAACGCAAUGGAAUUAGCAAUACCAGAAAGUUAUGUAGAAUGGAUAGAAAGGAAUGACAUUUUUGAUGGCGUGAAAGAAUUAGUUAUAAAAAAAGGAACUCCAAAUCUUUCAAACAUUAAAGGAAAUACUGAGAAUGGUGGCUAUAGAGUAGGUGAUCUCUUCCUUGAAACUUCAAAAGGUUCCGGCUUUUAUCUUUUACUUGGUCGAGCCGAUGAUACAAUUGUUCAUAGUACUGGAGAAAAGUCAAAUCCAAUACCGAUCGAAGAUACAAUUC